AUGGCCACGAGUGAGUCAACCGCAAUGUCGAGGUUGCAGAUGGGAGGGGAUACGGGUCGAGGAGAAAAAAUGGUGGAAGCGAAGAGAGAGUCGAAGAAUUAUCGAGGAUUUGUCGCGGGUGUAUUUUCGGGUAUCUCAAAACUUACUGUUGGUCAUCCAUUCGACACCAUCAAAGUCCGUCUCCAAACCACCACCACCUCUCAAUUCAACGGACCGCUCCAAUGUCUCCUCAUCACCCUCCGCAACGAAGGUUUCACCGGUCUCUACAAAGGCGCCACUCCGCCCCUCGUAGGCUGGAUGUUCAUGGACAGCAUAAUGCUUGGUUCCCUAACCUUCUACCGCAAACUGCUCCACCAAACCCUCUUUUCCCCCUCCCGCAUGGCCGCCACCCCAUCUAGUCUCGCCCAUCCCGAUACUCCCCUCAACCCCUCCCAAAUCCACAAACUGCCCACCUUAGGGCACGCCCUCGCCGGAGUCAUGGCCGGCGCAACCGUAAGUUUCAUCGCCGCGCCCGUCGAACACCUCAAAGCGCGUCUACAAAUCCAAUAUUCGAGUCUAAAAUCCGAACGUUUAUAUAGCGGCCCCAUCGACUGCGCACGUAAAAUCUAUCGAUACCACGGUAUUCGUGGUCUUUACCAUGGACUCAGCGCUACCCUAUUUUUCCGCUCUUUUUUCUUCUUUUGGUGGGGUUCCUACGAUGUGUUCACGCGACUGUUGUCGGAGAAAACACAGCUGAGUACGCCCGCCGUUAAUUUCUGGGCAGGAGGACUGUCCGCGCAAGUCUUUUGGAUGACGAGUUAUCCGAGUGAUGUGGUGAAACAGCGCAUUAUGACGGAUCCGCUAGCAGGCGGGUUAGGGGAUGGAGUGAGGAAGUUUCCGGACUGGAAAAGUGCGGCGAGAGAGGUCUAUAGGGAAAAUGGGUGGAAAGGAUAUUGGAGAGGAUUUUUGCCGUGUUUUUUGAGGGCGUUUCCGGCGAAUGCGGUGGCGCUGGUGGCGUUUGAGGGCGUUAUGAGGGCGUUGCCGUGA